CAACAAAAAAUUGCAGGCACUGGUAAGGACGACUGAAAAGAAGGGUCCUUCAAGUUCAACCGGCGCUUGUUUUGCAUCGCUUCCCUACGCUUUGCUAAGAAGAGCCUCAAUUCGUCGGGGCAUGUGUCGAAAGGAUGCUGGUGACUCCAAUGCGUCACACAGUUGCCAAGUUGGGUGGAUGUCCUUUGGGUGUCGGACCAUUCUUGAUACGUAUGGGAAUCUGUGGUGGUGAAAACCCAGCAGCGUUGCAGUUCUUGACACACUCAAACCGUGGAUGAGAUGACUGUGGUGGUGACCUCCAGAGCUUCGAGAGUGACCCAGUGAUGGCUCGUCCUGCCCCUGCUCCCCUGUACACCCUGAGGGGGGCUGGAUCCCCCCUUAAUGCCUUGCACUUCGGCUGCUGUGAAGGGGACCCUCCCCUGCUCUUUUCUGGCUCAGGCCAGGGAUCAGUCCAUGUGUGGAACCUGACCACCAGAAGAGCUGAGAGGGUUCUAAAAGGUCAUUCUGGAGCCUCUGUCACCUGGCUCAACAUGCUCUACUCCAGAGACGCUCUCAUCAGUCAGGGGCGCGACAUGCGUGUGUGCUUGUGGGACCUGGCAGAGGGGCGCAGUGAUGUCACGGACGCCCUGUGGACCGGCAGUGUGGGGUUCUGUCGCUGCUCCCUGCUAGAGACUGGCCCUGGGAGAUGGCUACUGGCCCACGCUGGAGAAGCCAUGGAGGAGGUGAAGAUCAUUGAGCUGCCCAGCAAGAGCCCAGUUUGCUCCCUGAUACCACAAGCCAAGCUGGGGAUGGUCAUGUGCAUCAAGCUAUGGCAGCCAGACUCAAGCCCUGGACCUCUCCUCCUGGCUGGUUAUGAGGACGGCUCCCUGGCGCUGUGGGACGUAUCCCAGAGGUCCGUGCUGAGCCGUGCGGCCGCCCACCCUGAGCCCGUCAUGUGCCUGGACUUUGACCCCGCCGGGCAGAGGGGCAUCUCUGGCUCCUCCGAGAAGAGACUCGCCUCCUGGAAGCUUGACGGACAGCACAGACUCCAGCUCCAGGAACCCGUAGCCCUUGUGAAUCCUGGGAUCUCCCAGCUGUGCAUCCGGGGGGACCGGAAGAUCGUGGCAUCGGCCGGCUGGGACCAUCGUGUCCGUGUGUUUGGCUGGAAGAAGCUCCGGCCCCUGGCUGUCCUCCAGCACCACACAGACAUGGUGCUGAGCCUGGCCUUCUCAGACCACCAGGACCCCAGGAACAGGAUGCUGGCCGCGGGCUCCAAAGACCAGCGCAUCAGCCUCUGGUCCAUAUACAACCAGGGCAGCUCGGACACUGGGUGAGCCACUGGGCCCUGUUGGUAUGUUAUAGGGAGUCUUCUCGCCAGUGAUUAUACCAACUCUUUUACGCUCCUUUUACUAUCCCAGGACUAUAUCUGAAUGUACUGACUAGAGCUGGACUAUGUGAACUACUGGGUAGGAACUUCUGUCUCAGACUGUGAAGACAUUUCCGACAUAGCCAAGAUGGAUCAGGUCAGGAUGAGAUGUCUUUGUGCUUCCAAACAAAAGCUGUCAAGACGGCUGGUUAGUUCUGCUAACAAUUCACUGAGACUUAAUUUGAACACAUUAUUUUUGGUCAAAACCAACUGUUUUAUUGUGUUUGCUUAUCUGGUAGGAGAUUUGCCUGAGCGGACUUGAAUUUGAGGUAUAAGUCGCGCCUGAGUGACUGUGUAAUCCUGUGUUGUUGAUCUAGUUUAACAUUGCCCUCUGCUCUGACCUACACUGCAUCAGUCAAACAGGGUUAACCACAGAACUUGGACAGAAGAGACAAAGCUGUUUGUUAAGGAGGGCCACUGAACAAUCUUCCCUCAACUAGAGAGGCUGUCUGUACGGAUUUGCACUUAAGAGGUUACUUGUAUUUUCAGUUUGGUCUUAAAUGUAUUUCUGUUUGUCAUUGUGAGUACAAUAUGUUGCCCCUGUGCAUUGUGGGAAAAAUGUGUCAAAUUCAAACUGUGAUUGGAUGUGUUUAAGGUUUGUGAAUUACACCCCAAGUCCACCAAAUGUAAAUAGUAUCUGCUGUGCUUUUUAACUUUUUUAUUUCCUGGUUAUAAAUAUGUUUUUCUGUACAUCCACCAAGCAUCAACAGUUGUAUAACUGCAACCUAGAAUCUAAAUGAGUCUUCCUUGGUCAGGGUAGUUGAGAAGCCGUCCGGCAUACUUGUUGUCAAACUACCAGAGAAAACAGAUGUAAUGUUUGUCUACUGGGUGUAAAUGGUGUCUCUAAUAAUAUCCCAGUGAGUCAAUGAGCAGCAUGGGAUCUCAUGUGUUACAGGGCUGCGCUGCCUACACUGCUAUAAACUUCAAACAGACGUUCACAUAGACAUUUUGCUUCAUAAAGCCCCAGUCUCCUGGGAUGACCUAGACCGGACAUUCUAGUUAGACUACAGGAAAAGGCCAGAGAAAUCAAAGACUCCUCGCAGCAGUGAGAUAUUCCUCCAUCCCAAGUAAGAGGAAAGAGCAAGCCGUUCAUUACAUGAACUAACUCCCCUGGCGCGUGCUCCGUCCUUGUCUUCCCUCCGCUCAGACUUCUCGCCGUACCUUUGUCUGUGACCUCUGCCGCGACUUCUUCAAUCUCUAAUAGCUUCCUACUUCUCCUGUAGACUUUGAACAAACAACAGAGGUGGCGUGGGCUGGCUUCCGUCCGUUCUCUGAUAAAUCAAAUGCUGCUUCAUUGCUGCAGAUGUGUGCUGAAUGGAGGAGCGACCCACAAGCUAGGGGGGAAGUCAAUAAAUGGAGACGAGAGGACCCCACAACAGGGCCGGACACACAAUAGAACCCUGCCUCAGUCAGUUAUCACCUAGCGUGUCUACCAUGGCCUUGGAGGUCAAGGGUCAGCGGGCCAUUGUGAUUUUGAAUAUUUUCUUUCAGUUCAGUCGAGUAUUUAGCUUAGCCUAGGCCUCUGCUAUUACAGCACAGAUUGUAAUAUACCUUGAUGUAUUGAAUGGUGGGUUGGAUUACUGGGUGAUGACAUGAGACGAACUGACCAUGAAUGUUUAUAAAAUAGAAAUGAAUAGGAAUAUGAUGGUAAGAAAAUAGUUUUCUGCUUGAGAGUGGUUAAAAUGCCAUGCUUUGCAGGCAGAGUCAUCUUUGUUUGUCGUCUGCACACUAAUAUGAAUGCAUCACGGUUGUUUC